GGCCGAGCAACUACAGAUUGUAGCAGCUUCAUCCCACAUAGGCUCAACAUUUUUACUUUGUCUAAUUGAAAAAAAAAAAAGAAAAGGAUAGCGCAUGCGAAUAUCAUCAAGGAGGCGGAUGACAUGGGUUGACGGCUUUUAAGUUGGACAAGAUACAGGAUUUCAGACAAGAUAGAAGAUAAUCUCACACUUUGUGGGUCACUCCUCAUCCCAGCGGUGUCCUGGUACAGACUGGUGCCACACUGCCCUGCAUCUGAUAUUAAACCUACAGGAUGGUCAUGGAUAAAGAUACCAGCGACUGCAACAAUAUGAGUCCCGGAGACCCAGUCUCCUCAGCGGAUGGACACACCACAUCAAAACCAUCCUGUGCAAGUCUAAAGAUGUUUUUGGCCGCUCUCUGCUUUUCAUACUUUGCUAAAGCCUUUGCUGGGAGUUAUAUGAAAAGUUCUAUCACACAAAUUGAACGCAGGUUUGAUAUCUCCUCCUCUGUCGCUGGAAUUGUUGAUGGAAGUUUUGAGAUUGGGAAUUUACUGAUGAUUGCGUUUGUCAGCUAUUUUGGGGCCAAACUUCACAGACCACGGAUUAUUGCUGCUGGCUGCCUUGUUAUGUCUUUCGGAAGCUUCCUCUCUGCAAUGCCGCAUUUCUUCAUGGGACCUUAUAAAUAUGAGACGUCAGUGGCUCAAAGAACUGUAGAGAACAAUAUAACUGAAGAUGUUUCCCUGUGCUCGGCCAACCAAACGUUCCUGGACUAUAACCAAAACGACUGUGGAAAAGAAUUUGGAUCAUACCUUUGGCUUUUCAUAAUGAUUGGGAAUCUUUUGCGCGGAAUCGGAGAGACGCCAAUAACUCCUCUUGGGAUUUCUUACCUUGAUGACUUUUCUAGACCAGAAAACACUCCCCUCUACAUAGCAUUUUUGCACACAACGGCGCUAUUUGGUCCAAUGACGGGAUUCAUGGUUGGAUCUCUUUGUGCACGGCUCUAUGUGGAUAUUGGUUUCACAGAUCUAGACAAAAUAAGUAUCACGCCGCAGGACACACGCUGGGUUGGCGCCUGGUGGAUGGGGUUUAUUGUAGCUGGCGCCCUGACAUUGCUCUCGGCCAUUCCCUUCUUUUUCAUACCCAAGAGUUUGAAGAAGCAAGGUGAAAAGGCUGAAGAAAACCACGAAAGCUGUAAGAUUAAAGAAGAAAGUGAGAAGUCCAACACGAAAACUAAAACCCUCAACAAACCUACCAUGAAAGGAUUUUUCAAGGCCUUGAAAUCCUUAUGUUACAACCGACUGUACGUCAUGUUAUUGUUCGUCACACUUCUGCAAACCAACAGCUUCAUUGGCUUCAUCACAUAUAAACCAAAGUACAUGGAGCAGCAGUUUGGACAAUCCACCUCAAAAUCCAACUUUAUAACAGGAGUAUCCACAUUACCUGCUGCAGCUUUGGGAAUGUUCUUAGGAGGCCUCAUUAUGAAAAAGUACAAGUUCGGCCUUCUAGGAGCCACUAAACUUUCAUUUGCAACUUCAUUUGUUGCAUUUUUACUAUCUUUAUCUGCAUUUUUCUUAAGUUGUGAUAAUAAUGACGUUGCAGGGAUAACAGUGACCUACGAUGGCUACAAACAAGACGCAUUUAAAGAGAGCUUUUUAUACUCUUCCUGCAACUCACCAUGCAGUUGUUCUGUCAAGAAAUGGGAUCCAGUGUGCGGAGAAAACCAAAUGACGUAUAUGUCAGCGUGCUUGGCCGGAUGUACCUCUUUUAUAGGGACAGGGAAAAAUAAAGUGUAUCACAACUGUACUUGUAUCAAGGCUGCCGGCUUCCAGUCGCACAAUUACACAGCAUCACUCGGUGUUUGCCCUAGGGAUGACAGCUGCUCCCGGAUGUUUCUCUACUACAUCAUCUCAGGGGUUAUAAGUACAUUUAUAUACGCUCUGGGGGCCGCCUCUGGGUACAUUCUCCUCCUGUGGACGGUUACACCUGAGAUAAAGGCGCUUGCUGUGGGUGUUUACAUGUUACUUAUAAGAGCACUAGCUGGAAUCCCAGCACCUACUUACUUUGGAGCUCUUAUAGAUAAAACAUGUUUUAAAUGGGGGACACGAUUGUGUGGAGGACGAGGAGCGUGUAGAAUGUACAACAAUAACGCUUUCAGGAAUACCUUCCUUGGUCUGAUGGCAGGAAUACGGACAGUUUCAUACAUUUUUUCUAUCGUUUUCCUCUUCAUGGUGAAAAAACAAGUUCCCACUGGAAUUGUCAAAUCCUCAAAUGAAAACCAAAGCAAAGAACUCACAAAUGAAAACGUUUACACAAAAUGCGCGUCGGAUGAGCAGCACUUAAACUGCGACAUACAAAAGGAGUCGUGUAUGUAGCGUUGAGAUCUCUCACCUACACAGUCACUCAAUGGCUUAAGACAAGAUAUGGCUAUUAUAUGUAAAAUGUCAGUUUAUAUUGUUGUAUUAUUGAUUGUCUGCUGAAGUUCUGUAUUAUCAGAAUUGGCAUUUGUACAGUUAUUGCUGUGGCUCAGACACUGUAACAAUGAUCAUUUAAUAGUUAUGACUUAAUUAAGCGUGUCUGCUGCCCUAUCCUCAUUAUGUAGAAUGAUGUGAGAAUCCCAGACGUUAUACAAUAAAGUUAUAAAUACUA